GAGCUGUGGUUGAAACUUCCGGAGAAUGUCUCAAAGGAAAAAGCCAGUGUUCGGUCGCCGUGUUCGAAAGAGGCGGGGCCGGGAGGUGUUGCCGCCCCCUGACCCCGCUGACCUGGCCAAAGGUCAAAUCGUCACGGACGUGAGAAAUUCUGACGACAUGAUUCAGGCUGUGAGGGACAGGAUGUGUCUGUGGCCUACGGGGGACGAACUGAUCUGUCUGCUGACCAUGGUCCAGUCGGAACAGAGCAGCGAGUCGUGGCGGGACACCGUACAGCCGCCCCCAGCCCCACCCCCUGAGGAAACGCCGGAGGAGAUCCCGGACAAGAAGUUUGGCCGGAGGAAAUAGCACUGAGAAAUUAUGCUUUAUGUGAGGUGUGGAUCUGCCUUGAAGAAUGACACAACGAUGCGAACACCACUCCAGACCGGCCUUCUUAGAAUAUUACUUGUCUCUAACAUUUUGUUUUCGCGAAAGUCAAUUAAAAUGUUGUUAAAUGA